AAAGCUCACCAUGGCUAGCCGUAACAACUACUCUGCAAACUGCAGCUCGGGAUCACGGAGAAAUUCCUGCCACGUCCCAGCCCACCCUUCCAUUGCCCUCUGUUCUACAAACAUGGGCUGUGGAGAGGUUUUCUGCAUACCCAGCAACUGUCAAGAUCCUACCUGGGUCAUGGACAACUGCCCGGAGACCUUUGGAGAACCUUCUGGUGGCCAGCCAGGCAGCCAUGAAGCCAGCAGCUAUGAGAACUCUUGCUGCUCAUCUGCAUACUAUGUGCCCAGACCCUGCCAGGGCUCUGGGUACAUUCCUGCUUCCUCCAUCAUCUCCGGUGUUUGCCUCCCCGCAUCCUGCAGGCCUGUGAGCUGUGUGUCUAGCAGCUACCGGCCAGUGAGCCCUUUCUUCAACAACUGCCAUCCUGUGGGCUGUGUGCCUGGUUGCUAUCGCCCGCUUCCCUGCGUAUCCAACAGCUGCAGACCCCUGGGCAUUGUCCCUUAUGGAUGCAGGCCUUCCGGUUGUACGUCUUACGGCCCUCAAGCCAUUCACAUUGUGUCAAACAGCUUCAGACCUCUGCAACCGGCCUCUGGAGGUUGCCAACCAGUGACCCGUGUGUUCGGCACUUGUCGUCCAUCUUGCUCUGCUCAGUGAGGGCAGUAGCCUCCUUGGGAACCACAAUGGUGUGGAUCCAGGAUUCAAAUCUGGACUCUUGUUUCUCUCUGAGUACUAAUUGCUUUUUCUUGUUUGCACUGUAUCUGAGUUAAUGCAAACUUCCUUUGACAUUGUGAAUUGCUUUUAUGUUUCCUUGGUGUAAAAUCUCUGCCCACACCGUGGUUAAUAUUUCUCA